CACGUAACUCAAGCUGAUUAGUUUGCAAGUGAAGGACAUUAAAAUGAAACAUUUCUCGGCUCUUCAGCAGCAGAAAGUGAGGAAUUCUCCACGCAGUCAUGAGCAGAUGUCCGAACUUCCAGAGGAAACACCUGUUUUUGAGUGAACAGGAGCUGGAGGAGGAGCCGGGGGAGGGGCCAAAGGAAGAGGAAGAGGGGGAGCCAAAGGAAGAGGAGGAGCCAAAGGAAAAGGAGGAGAUUGCAGUGAACAAAUCCAGCAAAGGUGGCAUCAGUUACCGAGAUUAUCUCCAGCUGAAUAAAAUCCUGUCCUCUCAGAGACUUCAGAGUGAAUUAAACGGCAACAAAAUCCAUGAUGAGCAUUUAUUUGUCGUCACACACCAGGUGUAUGAGCUGUGGUUUAAGCAGAUCCUCUGGGAGCUCGACUCCGUCAGGGAGAUGUUCAUCAGUGGACAUGUGUGUGCUGGGCUGAACUUGAUGAAAGUGAACACACGAAUCCACCGCAUCGUCAGGAUUCUCUGCCUUCUGAUCGAUCAGCUUAACCUCCUGGAAACCAUGACACCGUUAGACUUCUACGACUUCAGAGAUUACCUGUUCCCUGCGUCGGGGAGCCACAGUGUACAGUUCCGCUUGUUGGAGAAUAAACUGGGAGUUUGUGAUAAUCAGAGAGUUCUGUAUAACAGACACCACUACAGAGAGAACCUCACACACACUGAACUGGAACUGCUGCAGAACUCGGAGAGAGAACCCACACUGCUGGGACUGCUGCAGAACUGGCUGGAGAGAAUUCCGGGUCUGGAACAGGAUGGGUUUAACUUUUGGGGGAAACUCAGAGUCAACGUUUCUGAGCGUCUCAGACGACAGAAAGAAAACAUCGAGAAGAAGGUGGAGUCAGAAUCUAAGGCAGAGCUGAAGGCGGGGCUUAUGGAGGAUGUGAUGAAGGAGAGCGAGAUGUUGACAAGUUUGUUUGAUGAGAAGAAACACGAACAGCUUUUGUGUAAAGGUGACAGAAGGUUGUCCUAUAAAGCCCUACAGGGAGCGUUAAUGAUCUACUUCUACAGAGAUGAACCUCAGUUCCAGGUUCCAUUCCAGUUUCUCACAUUACUGAUUGACCUCGACACGCUCAUGACCAAAUGGAGAUUCAGUCAUGCAUGUUUAGUGCACAGGAUGAUCGGCAUUAAGAGUGGAACAGGAAGUUCUUCAGGUUAUCAUUACCUCCGUUCUACAGUCAGCGAUCGUUAUAAAGUGUUUGUGGAUUUAUUUAAUUUAUCGUCGUUCCUGGUACCAAGAGACUGGAUCCCCAAACUGAACCCCCAAACUCACAGAGCCGAGUGUGACAGCUUCAGCAGCGACCAGUCCGACUAGACAGACAUGUUGAAAAUGUAAAAAUUUGAAAUGAAAAACAAAGCCAUCAAGGGGUGACUAAAGGGUAUACUUUCAGCUUUAAUUCUAGGUGUUUCACAAAAAUUCCACAUGAACCCUUUAGGAAUUACAGCCUUUUUUAAAAUACAUAGUCCCUCUCAUAAUCAGACAAACUAACAUAAUUAGAAAUAUUGGCAUCAUUUUUAAUGCUUGGCUGCAAAUCCUUUGUUGUCAAUAGCCUCCUUAAGUGUGGAACCCAAAGCCAUCGGCCAAUGCCUUUCCUCCCUUGAGACGUUUGUUGACUGCAGCUGCUGUUUGUUUGCAGGUAUUUCUGCCUUCAGUUUUGUCUUCAGGAAGUGAAAAGCAGCUCAAUUGGGUCGACUGAUUCAGCCAUUUAAGAACAUCCUGUUUCUUUGCCUUAAAGGUAUGGUCGGUGAUUUUGCAGAAACGAGCAUGACUAAGAUUUUCAGUAUCCAACCCAAAAAAUCCCACCCCCUUCCUUCAGUGCUCACUCUAAAGCCACUCCUCUGAAACACAUGAAUGCGCACUGCCUGACUACUGCUGAAGGACGAGCCGAUGAGUGAGUACUGGGGGAGGAGCGCAGCGCAUCACUGUCAGAUCCAACCAACAAAAUUCCACUAAAAACAAAACGAACCAGAUAAAUCCCUCAGUUAUUUCCAUCAGUGAAAAGCCACUGGUUUGACAGCUUGCUUUUGCUGCCUUCGUCAGAGAAUUUCUCCUCCCGCUUGUGAAGUCAGAAUGACAAGCAUGUUGUGUUUAAGGUUUUUGUUGUCAAAGCAAAAUGAAAAAUCGCGGCUGCAGGAUUGCUUCUCACUUGUUUCUUGGGGAAAUCUGAUUUCAAUUCUGUAACACACCUGCUAAACAGCAUUGUUCUCUAUCAAGUAAAGUGUACACAGGUUAGAUUUUAUACACAAGCAACCUGCUAACGAUAAUUGUAUUGCUAAAAUAAACAACUACUUCCCA